UAAAUCUAGACCUUGAAUCUAUGCCUUGAAUGGACGCUCAAAUGUAACGGAUAUUAUCGACGCUUCUUUGUAUGCCCGUUGUGUGUAUUAUUCUUCGUGGGCAACAAUUCGCCAAAAAGAUUGUUUCUCCCCUACCAAGUGCCGAAAGUAUGUUACUGUAAGAUGCCACCCAAACGUCAGAAGAGUGGCAUAACUGCUGCUGGUGUCUCGCCGUCAGUGGUGUGGGAAAACGGACUCACUGCCGCAACUCUUGAGGAGGAAUUUUGGAAGCUGAGCAUUUCCUGGGUUGUAGUGGAGUGUCUGGAGGAUAUGAGGAAUCUAUCUGCACUUGCGCUCGCUGUGCAACAACCUCUACGUAGACAAUUCAGCAUCAUCUCUUGGGACACAACUUUGCAUAAAAUUAAUGAACUGGGAAAUGCAAAAGUUAAGAAGGUCAAAGAUAUACCACCAUUUCAUGAGGUGAUGGAGGUUGCAAAGAGUACACUUGAUGCUGGGGAGGAGAUCUCCACUGAACUUAUGGCCAAACUGUUGAAGUUCCAGCUGUUGUGUAUGAAGACCGCAGACCUUCAGCGACUAACUGAGCAGAAGGCAGCUGAAGAAAAGUCAAAAGCCAAAUCAUCACCCACAAAAGAAGGUGGAAAAACUGCCAACAAAGCAGAAAAGGGGAAGAAGAAUCCAGAGGCAGGAGCAUGUGUUAAAGACACUAAACUUAGACGACGAGGAGAAGAGGAUGAUUCACAGAAAUACAUAGAUGAUGAACCAGAGGAUGGACCACAGCUUUAUGUCCUCCUGCUGGGGUUUAACCAGACAAUGCUCCUUUCUGCACUGGAUUCUAUUGGUGUACAUGUAUCGAACAUCAUUAGACUUAGCAGCCAAAAUAGAGAAUACUGUGAUGGGGCAACUCUUUCUUCCUCAGGUGCAGAAGAAGGACAAACCGUAAUGCAAAAAGAACUGAAUAAUUUCUGGACUCAUCUGGAAGAGGUUUUUCUCAGCGGUUGCAACCAGUCCAGGCUCUUUGAUGUAGUUUGUCUGAACUGCAUAUUGGAAAAUAACUUGUGCCCUGAUCAGGACAAUGUUGAGGCAAUGCUUGAUUGUGGGGCUCAGGUAUUUGAAGCUGUUGCCUCUCUUAUCUAUGACUGCCUGGACUGGCGACAAGAGCACCUACAUUACCUCAGUAGCAUGAACAUCAUUGAUGUUCCAUCUAUCUCCUCUGGUCAGACCCAAAGAAGCCCUGAGUCCUCAGCUGAGGGGCAACUUUCAGCUAAUCCCACCUCUGUGUCAAAGAAGAAACACUCAGAGGACAGUCCUGACUUUCAGGCAGAAGCUCUGAACACAUAUGUCGACAUGAGAUUGUACUGUGAUCUUCUAAAGCAGAUACCACCAGAGUGCGUCUCUGUACCCCUAAUUCUCCAUUGCAUGCUGGAUCAGGUGGUGAUGUCAGAGCAGGGAGGUCCAACGGAAUGUGCCACAUCCAUAGAGCCAGAGCAAUCUGACUGCAACUUUACCAACCAUGUAAUCUCAGCAGCAGCUAACCUGCCAUGUUCAUCUAAGGAAAAGAAGAGGUUGAUGGAGAACUUUGGGAAACUGGAGGAUAUAAACACCAGGAGUCCACCCAUGGCACCUUUAUUGAUGAGCUACCAUGACAAAAGAGCAGAAAGAUUACAUAAAUGCCCCGUGCUAAAUGAUUUUAAUGUCACAAAUAUUGAAGCUGACAUGAUGAAGAAUGGCCCAGUAUGGAAUCUAUUGCAUUCAAAGUUCAAUCAGGACAGACGCAUGGGCGGUAUUAUUCAGAACCAGGAACUCAUUCGCCUCUUCAGUGAUGGUUUGAUGAACAUUGAUGAUUCGUCUGAGUUGCUAAAAAAAACUCUGCAUUCUUUGAGUGACUGGAAUGUGUUGGAGUAUUUCAAUGCACCUGUCUUCUCACAGGUUUUGCAAGAAGCAUCUCAGACAUAUCACUGUAUGGAUACUUACAGAAUCUCCAAAGAUGGUUCACUCUUGAUCUUCUGUCACAAUCCUAUAAGUUCUCAGAGAGAUAGCAGGCAAUCAUGGGAUGUAGCUCUUCACACAGAUGUUGGAUUCAGGGAUUAUUUGGAGCAUGUUGCUAGCAGUUUGAGUGGAUGGAACAUGGAGAUAAACAGAAGCCCAGAUGCUGGUGUGCUCCCCCAGUCUUGUGCAGCUUCCCCAGCGACAUCAGAGGAAAGGCCACAGACAUACAUACAGGAGGAAUCAUUAAAGGCCAUGAAGCUUGAACAAGAGCGUUUGAAAAAAGAGGAACAGGAGAAAAAAGUGCAGAAAGAGAAAACGGGGAAGACGGCUGGAAAAGGAAAUAAUAGGUCUGAUUCAGCAAAGGACAAUAAAAAGUCCCUCUCAAGCCAAAGCCAAGAGGAGCUACUACACUCCGUUCAGUCCACAUCCUCCCAUCUAGGCAAAGAGUCUGAUAAUCAAGACACCAGUGAAACACAAACAGCGUUCACUGGCUACAGUAUGAAUGGUUGCUUGAUCCAUCUUACCAGUGAGAUGCAUUGUCUCUACCCAGCAGAUGGAGGAGUUAUUGAAGUGGAUAGAUAUCAUUUCAUUCAUGGUUUGCCUCAAAUGAAAAUCUGUGUAAUGAAGGAUAAACAUCAGUUCUUCAUAUAUUAUUCUGGAAGCGAUAGGGGGAUACAAACUGAACUCUCAAUGCAAGGGAGACACUCUGAUCAUCAUGGCUCCUUUUUUGCUGUGCUGUCCAGUGGAAUGAAACUUUCUUUCAAUCAUCCCAGCACAGGUAGACAAGAGCAGGAGAGAACUCUCCUGACAGAGAUGCCAUCUGUUGUCCCCUCAAAUCAUUGCUCUCAAAGUCAGUCUGCUAUGGCAGAUGAUACAGCUGUGCCCCUGGACUCUACCCUCCCUCAAGGAUUACAUGUUUGCACGCCUGAUGGCGUCACUGUCCACUUCAUAUGUCAGGAGACCAGUGAUGGAGGGAAAAAAGUUUUGGUGCGACAGAGCUCCAUCCACCUCCACCCAUCUCAUGACGGCAGUGAUUGUACCAAUACUGAGAUCUCAAGAGUGAUUACCACUGAAGGAACAGUGAUCAGAUACUUUAGAGAUGGUUCAAGUGAGAUCCUUUUCGCAGAUGGCACAGUAAGCAGAUGUCAAGACUCUGAAAAUGUUCUGCAUUCAACUCAAGAUCCAUUUACUACAGAAAGUGAUUGUUUGAAGGAACAGAGCGUGGAUGGCAGGGAAUUUAAAGAAAAAAAAGGUAAGGGCAAUUUGGAGAUGGGCGUAGGAAAUGACGUGGACGAACAGAAGAAACAGAAUGACCAAGGUCCAGCAGAGCUGUGCAAAUCCUGGACAACACCACCACCAUCUGGCCUUUCCACCUCAGGAGAUGCAUCAGGGGACAUUCAGCCUAUCCUAACCUACACAUCAACUGACCCCUUCAGCCAAACAGUUGUUAUUGUAAGAGAAGAUGGUGUCAUUACAGUUCAAGAGAUCGAUGGAUCCAAGGUCAUAGAGCAUGCAGAUGGUACUCGCAUCACCACUUUCUAUCAGGAAGCCAAAGAAGUUAAUGAAGACAUGCCGGGCAGAAUUCGGAGGUGGGUGAUGGUAAAGCAAACUGGCUUUCCCACUGUGCUCAUGGGUGAUGAUGGAGGCUGCCACGUUCUGUUUGGAGAUAGAACAGCCGUCAUCGCUAACUCCAGUGGAUCUUAUCAGAUCAUGCCUUUCGGUUCUGGUGUGUUUUCCAUUAACGAGGAAGGCCAGGCCAUUUACACUUCUCAACAAAGGAGCCCCACAGCUGAACCGCUGAAGCCAAGCAGUUACAUGAUGUCCACUUCAGGAGAUAUUUUGUGUGAGAUGACUGAUUCAGCUGGAAACCAAUUUCAGGUAAAAGCUGAUGGUCAGACAUCUAUGACUGCUGGUACUGUGACAGAGAACAAUAUGAAAGAUUGUCUGAAAACAACACAUAUACCAAGAUUAUUUGUGGCACAUAGUGAUGGUUCUGGGUUAGAGCUGUUGAGCUCUCAAGCACUUGAGGAGUUGCUGUUGGAAGCUUAUGCAAAUCCUGCCAUGGCUGUUCUGAAAGAAGUUGCUCCAGAAUUUACAGGAGCCCAGGAGAUCACAUUGCUGAUGCCAAGUUACAUGUAUAUGGAUCUUGAUCAGAAGCAAAAAGAGAAUAUCUUCUCUACACACCUGAAAUGCCGAAACUGGGACCGUUUCCCUUCUGAUGAGAAAAAGUCCAUUGGUCCAUCAUUUGGAACAAGUUUGAGCAGUAUCGAGCACCCUUGGGCUGUAUCCCCAGCAUCCCACCCCAUGCUUAGUUGUCCAGAGGUGCUACUAGUCCGGCAACUCAUCCAUAUCCCACUUGAGAGUAUGCAAGAGCACACCCGACUGUUACCCCGGUCAUUGGAGGACAGACUACCAGAAUAUGCAAUGAAGUACUCGAAGCAACUGAUGAGUAGUGAGAGGCUAUGUCAAGAUAUUCAGCUGUUGGAAUUCAGAUCAUCAGAUGAGCAGGAGGCUGCCUCCAACCUUUUGCAGUUGCUGCUGACAGAUAAUAAUGCAGUGGGGUCAAGCACUGAAGCCUUUGAAGAAAAAGUAUCCAUGACAUCCUAGACUAAAACGUUGGAUAAAUAAACUGUCCUAUUGAAAAUAAAGAGCAUGAAUUGAAAAUUUCA